UCCAUUUUUCCUUCAGAAACCCUGAUGGAUACGAAGUGGGUGACGUCCGAGUUGGCGUGGACGGCUCAUCCAGAGUCCGGGUGGGAGGAAGUCAGCGGUUACGACGAGGCCAUGAACCCCAUCCGAACGUACCAGGUGUGCAAUGUGCGGGAGGCCAAUCAGAACAACUGGCUCCGUACUCAGUUCAUCCAGCGCCAGGACGUCCAGCGAGUCUACGUGGAGCUGAAAUUCACUGUACGGGACUGUAACAGCAUCCCCAACAUCCCGGGCUCCUGCAAAGAGACCUUCAAUCUCUUCUAUUACGAGUCGGAUACAGAUUCUGCCUCUGCCUCUAGCCCCUUCUGGAUGGAAAACCCCUACAUCAAAGUGGAUACAAUUGCCCCCGAUGAGAGUUUCUCCAAGCUGGAGUCUGGCCGCGUGAACACCAAGGUGCGCAGCUUUGGGCCUCUCUCCAAGAAUGGUUUUUACCUGGCCUUCCAGGACCUGGGCGCCUGCAUGUCCCUCAUCUCUGUCCGCGCUUUCUAUAAGAAAUGCUCCAACACCAUUGCUGGCUUUGCUGUUUUUCCGGAGACCUUAACUGGGGCUGAGCCCACUUCUCUGGUCAUUGCCCCAGGGGUCUGCAUCCCCAAUGCAGUGGAAGUGUCUGUGCCCCUGAAGCUGUACUGUAAUGGAGAUGGGGAGUGGAUGGUACCAGUUGGAGCCUGUACGUGCGCUGCUGGAUAUGAGCCUGCCAUGAAAGAUACCCAGUGCCAAG